CGAGGGGAGCCCCGCGGCUGGGCGGCCGGUGCGAGCCGAGCGGGCGGCAGCGCCAGGCCGCUGCUGAGAGGAGUCCUCAGGAAGCCGUUGGAGAGCUCAGAGACAGGAGCAGAGGAUGACGCAGCAGGGAGCUGUUCUUCAAGGUUACAACAACGAGCUCGUCAAGUGUAUUGAAGACUUGUGUAUGCAAAAAGAGGAGCUGAACAAACAGAUCCAGCAAGCAGAAGAGGAAAAAAGUAAACUCCAACAUGAAAUUCAAGUUCUGAAUGAACAGUUGGAGUGCGUGUGUGAAAACCUGGCUCAGAAGGUAGCUUCACGAAAUGAGCUUGAUAAAAUUCUUGCUGAAACUGAAGCUGCUUACAUGAAGAUUUUGGAUAGUUCCAGAACUUUGCUUAAUGUCCUGAAGAAGGAAGUGGGAAGCUUAAAGCAUGCGCCAGAGCUGAAAAGUAAUGUAACCUGAAGCUAUCAAAUGUCUGGACUUGGCAAUUCUAAAAUCCCACUAGGUGAGAUGUGGUCAGGCACAGAACCCUACAACAGCAGUGUAAGCUGAGGGGGCUUUCUUCCAACCUUUCCACAUUUCCCAUGAUUUUUAAAUGCAUUAGAAAAACUGUAGAUAAAACAAAUGAAAUAAAGUUACUGUUUUCUUAUUAAAAAAUUAAUAAUAAUCUUAUAUAAUUUCUUAAAUCACUGCAAAACUAUAUUGCAGAUGCAUAACUGAACUAGAUUUCAGGCUGUCGAUUUUGAUGUAGUGAUGCUUCAAGGCUCUUCUGAAAAACAGGAAAAAUGUUUUACUGGUUAGCUUUCGGAUGGUUACUGUGGAAUGCCUGUUUGAUAGAAUAUGACUUUAAAUCUGGACAGAAUGCUUGCAUUUUUUUCCAUUGCUCUUUUAGUUGUGUUCAUGGCUUCUCUGAAAUCCUGCUGCCUUUCUUCCGUAUGCUUUCUUUUCCCCUACAUCCAUGUCUAGAAAGAAGACCACUGUAGUGAAUGAAAGUAGCUCAGGCACUACUGCUUCUUGCUUUACUGUUGGGGACCAAAUAGGAAUUAGCUAUUUAGCCUUCUCCUUAAGGAGCCUGGAGUCAUCUCUGUGAUAUAUUUACAGCUCCUGUUCACAAUCAUCUCUUAGCUGGAGUUUUGGAGGGAUAAUUUGAGGAAAACAUGAUUUAAGCAGGGUACGAAAGCUUAAACUGUAAGACUAUGUCAGGCUUAUGUAUUUUCUGAAACUGUACUCUAAAGCCUUGAUUAGAAAGAAGUUAUGCUAUGGUGAGAGAUGGAUUUGAGUGCAAGUGGGAGGCAUGCCCUUGCAGGGCACAGUGCUGCAGGGAGCUGUACCAUAUAAAUGAGGACCAACUAAUAUUGGAGUAAGGUUGGAAAGAAUAGUGAACAACCUGGAAUGGAGAGAAAUAAAUGCAUGUGAAGGGUCAGAAUUAGAUUAGUAGUAAACAUGCAGCUGUUAGACAUUCUUGUAGGUGAGAUUAAAUAGAACCAAAGUCAGAGAAUAGAGAGGAGGUAAGAAUAUAGCAGAGAUCUCUGUCUUGUUUCCAUUUCUGGUACUUACUGAAUACGUGUGCACAUGCAUUUUGUCCUGCUCAUUCAUGUAUUACAGCAGCAGCUUUAUGUUUAAAUCAAGCCUUCAUAACAAUUCGCUAAAUUGGAGGAAAUGCAAUUGCAAUCUCUUUUCUUGAUAACUGUGUCUCUCAGGUACAGGUAUAAAGAGUGUGCAGAUAUGAAUAGUUUCAGUAAUAGCUCUUCACCAAUAAUUAUAAACAAAUUUUAUAUCCUGUUUGCCAUGCUACGGGGAUUAGCGAGACAGAGCUCAUCAACAGUUUACUUGUAUAGCUUUGCCACCGGCUUCCCCUGAGUAAUGCGGAGGUGAUAAAAUUAGAUGAUCUCAGGAGUACUGCUAUUGUUGCAGUGCCACAGUAUUCAUGACAGCUUUGUUUAUAUUGAAGUGAAACACAAAAGCCAAAACAUUGUUUCUUUUUUAGUAGCAAAAAGGUGGAUUGGGCUGGGAUGCCUCUUGGCAGUGUCUCUCCUCUUAGUCUGGUCAAGUACUGAUUAGUUUAUAUCAAAAUAGGAUAUCUCAGAAAAAGUAUGGACUGAACAGCAAGGACUUUAAAAAAAAAAAAAAAAAAAAAAGCAUAUGUAAACUGAUUCAUCUUGUUAUAUAGAAGGGAGUUUGAAAUUGCCUACGUGAAAAAACUUAUAUCAUGGAAAGUUUGUUUACAAAUUGACAUAACAGUGCAGUGAAUUCCUAAUAUGUAAUGACUAUUGGUUUGCUUGUCUUCAAAUAAUCAUAAGCCAUAAAAAUGUAUCUCCUUG